AUGUGUACUCUAAGUCAACUUUUCUCGUCUCUUCAUUUAAUAUUCUUUAGUCUGGAGCUCAAGAUAAUCGGUGAGUCCUUUCAAUGUGUCAGAUUCGACGUAUGGGGAUUUUUAAGUGAUCUUUUUCGCAAGGUGUGGAACUAUGAAGGUAUUAAAAUGAUGACGUGCCUCCGAAUUCUUGCAGGAGUUUCCAGUAAAUUGUCCGCAUCGGAGAUUGAAAACCAUUUAGAACAAGGCAAACAAUUAUUGUCUUUAGGACAACUCAGCGAUGCUUUAGUGCAUUACCAUGCUGCUGUAGGUAAGUAAAAAAGUUGGGCCUUUUAUCUUGACGGAGUGGUAUAUUUCUGAUCGAAUCGAACCGGCUUGUACCCUGUGAAUUUGUACCGGUGCGAAUUUUUAUUUCAUGUCCUUUGACGACUGUAAUUUUUAACUGUUUUGAUCACGCUUCUUAAAUUUCAUCAGUUUUAUUUCUUAUUUUCUAUAAAUUGCAAUUUUCAGUUGGUGUUAAAUAUAUAAUAAACCAAAUCCGAAGUCGAUCUUGUUUGGUAGUAACUGUAGUAACCUACUUAUAAAGAUUGCGAUUGUUUUAGCAUUCGAAUUGGAUACCAUAUAAUUAUUUCCGUUUCCCAGGCUAUUCUUACCCAAAUUUGCAGUUUAUAUUGGCUUUCUGUGGAGCUAAAACCGCUAUGUUUAUAAUCGGCGAUAUGAAAUAGAUUUGACAUUACACAGCGAGUAACAUUAGUCUACAGAUCGUUAUUUAUAAACAUUCAGCUAUUAAUAUAAGUUUUGAUAGAUACCCGUUCCUCAAAGAAUUAGUAGUAGUUAAGAUAAAAAGGUUUGUUUCAUACAGGUUAAAAAGAGCUGAAAAAUAUAAGUAUAAUUUUCGUUGGGAAAUCAGCUGAUUUUGACAUAAUAGUACCGCGUGAAAGUUGCGCCAGUGAUUUAAUGAGAAUCCGACCAAUAGAAAUUUGCCAGGCAUCGUAUUUUGUAGGUUGCAAUGCAAAUACCUCUGGUUGAUUCAGCACUGUUGAUAAUUUUUUCCCUGAAAGAUGAUAAUUAUAAAAGUUGUAUAAACCUAAGGCUGAGAAGAUUCAGGAUUACUGGAAAUGAGGAGCAUUCCCCCUUGGAAAUUUCUGUUUAGGCUCCUGAAUGUUGAUUUUAAUAUGUUGCUUUGUGAGGCAUUUUAAAAAAAGCAAACAACUUUAUAUUUAACUUGCAGAUAUUCACUUUUUAUUGCCGUAGUUAAAAAGCUAUCUGUCAUCACCUAUUUCCUAGCUAAUUACGACCACCUAUUGCCACAAUUAGUUUGUGCUAUUGGUAAUUAACUGAUUAAAGAUUGUUUUUGCAUUUCUUUUUUAGAGGGUGACCCAGACAAUUUUUUAACAUAUUUCAAAAGGGCUACAGUUUUUCUUGCCAUGGGUCGUUCAAAGGCGGCAUUACCUGACUUGGAUCGAGUUCUAGAGCUUAAACCUGACUUUUUCCAAGUAAGUUCCUUUCCUAUCCAUAAUGCAGUUUUACAGGUUGACUGACAACUUCAGAGGCAGUGAUCCCUGUGUUAUCCUUUUUUUCUUUCUUGUUUUUCUGUCAUCCUUGAUCUAGCCUGGGUUGCAGACAUAACCUAACCUCCGUUAGUAAUGUCUGCAAAGCGGCCAUGAUAUCCAUGUUUUGGGCCUCCAGGGGUUUUAAGUAGCCAGCAGAUUUUAAUAGAGUAACCGACUGUAUCGACAGUCCACAUUUUCAAAGGGUGUCUGGGGGCAUGCCCCCUCAGAAAAUUUUAAAAUUGUAAAGCCCUAAUAAGCAGUUAUUUCCAGCAUUUAGGGGACUAAAUUGAGUUUUAAAGAGUGAGUUUUCUAGUCAAGAAGAUUUGGGUUUUAUUCAAAUUUUGAUUUAUUAGUCAGACAAUUAACUCCUACAAGCAAUGAACAAAUGAUAAUUAUACUAAGUUAUGUACAUUUCUGCAUGAACAAAUUCUGUUUUUGCCCAUGACAUUAUUGAAACUAGCUACUUCUAGUUCGGGAGAAAAAGUAGCCGACUUCUCUGAGCAAUGUGGCUGACGCGUUUCAUCAGUAGUUGGUGCUUAUUGAAACCCCUGGGCCUCCAACAGACUACAGACAGACAACAUUUUGAAUUUCAAUUCCCUUCAACAUGAUUGGCAAUUGAUGAUGGCAUUUCUAACAGGCCAAUCAUGACACAUAGUAAAAUCCUGGUACACAGGUGGGGUCCUGGAGCAAGGGAUUUCAGCACUGUUUUGCAAACAGACUUAACCAGAGGAUUGGUUUCUUCUGUUGCGCAGGGUACCAUGACCAUGUGGUUUGUAUUGUCCCUACUUAGUGGUUAUACACCGCUAUUACAGUUGUCACACUUUAAUAAAGGUAUCAUCAUCAUCAUCAUCAUCAUCCCUCUUUCGGGUUUUGUUGGGCUAAGUAAGUUGGAAUUAGUAAUAGAGGUGAGUGAUCUUGAUAGAUAAUUUAUAAAGAUUGUUGUUUUCCUUGUUUUUUUCUGUAGGCACGGUUACAACGAGGAAAUGUUUUACUCAAACAAGGAAAAUUAGAUGAAGCACACAUUGAUUAUGAAGCAGUGGUAAGUUUAACUUUCUAUCAAAGGGCAUUGUUUAUAAGUUAGUCUAGUAUAUAUAAUUGUUUUAUACCUAUUUCUGUGAAAAUUAUAAUCAUAUACCCACACAGAAUGUUAAUUUACUACAAAAUAACAGUAGUAAAAUAAUCUUAUUGUUUUUUAUUUGAUUGUCAGCUACGGAAAAGCCCUGAUAAUCCUGAGGCACUGCAGCAGGUUUGUAUGCAGUUGGAAAGAUUUCAAAAAUAUCAACUUUUUCCAUGUUACAACCUAUUUCCUUUUCAAUUGUCUGAAAUGUUUUUUUUGUUUGAUUUUCAGUUAAGCAUAAUAGAACCCAUCAAAAGAGAUGUCAUAGAAGCUAGGGAUGCAAUGAACAUGGGGGAUUACCCAAGAGCAAUAGAAUUUUUAGGAAAAGCAAUAGAGGUACUAAUAAUAAUUUUGUCAAUAAUCAGUUAUUGUUUAUGUUACAGGUCAAAAUUAUAUCCAGGUUGAAUUUUUUUUAACCUAGGUUGAUUCUCAAUUUCCUUUGUCCCCUAGCCCUAAUUAUUUAUGAAAUGGGGAUGGGAGAGAAAGGAAAUAUUGAGAAUCAACCUAGGUUAAAAAAAAUUUAACCUGUAAAAUUUAUAAUAACACAAUACUAAUAAUGGAAAUGGACGGACUUGACUAUCCUAACCGUAACCCCUAACCCCCUUGUCAUACCUGCCCGUGACUACCCAACCACAGCGGAGUGAAAGGUGCUCUGUGUCCUUUGAUCUAAUCUUUGGAUGCCAACUUAUAUUUUGCUCCCUCUAUUGUUUUUUGGACAAUCCUCACUAAGUACAGGGUAUAAGGUUAUCGUUGCCUAACGUUUUACAGAGUCAAUUCCAAAAGCUUACAUAAUUUAUUGCAUAAGAUACAGGUAGAUCUAGGAGCAUUCAACUGCAAGUUAAAUGUAUUUGUUUACUUUUUCUUAAUUCCAGAUUGCUCCUUGGGAUCCUGAUCUCAGAAUGAUGAGAGCUGAUUGUCAUAAACAAAUGGGAGACUAUAUCAGUGCUAUUUCAGAUAUCAAGUGAGUGUUAAUUAACUACAGAAGCAAUGCAGCUACAUUCCUACUCACUGCCAGCCUUUUAAGACAUAAUUACAAAUAAUGGGAAAUUAUAUAACAUUUUUCAUUUCAUAUAUUUUUUCCAUUUUUUUACCAGGCCUACUACAAAGUUGAUAAGUGAUAAUACAGGAGCAUACCUUCAGCUUAGUGAAUUACAUUAUGAUAUGGGUGAAUUGGAAGAUGCUCUGAGGUAGGUUAUGUAGUUUUUAGUCUGUUUCAUCACUUGCAUUUUAUUAUUGUUCAAACCAAUGUUUUACAAGCCAGGUGGGAUUCCAGAAUUAUGACUUUUUUACUUCUUAAUUUUACAAGUACUGACUUGAGAGUGAUGAGAAUCCCUGCUUAUAAUUUUCCAGCUAAAAUUGAACUUAAAUGCUUUAGUGUUGGUUUUGUUUUAAAAUGCGUCCAUAUGAUUUUUUUUUUCAGAGAAAUUCGAGAAUGUCUGAAGCUUGAUCCUGAUCACAAGGAAUGCUUUCCUUUUUACAAGGUCAGUAUUAUGCAUUUAGUACAAAUUGUUAAAGCAAGUUCAACAAGCCACUAAAUAAUGACAGCAAACUAGAUAAACAGUUUUUGUUGCAAUUUCCUUUUCGUCUAUGACACUCAAAGAGCAUUUAUUUCGUGGAGGUGUUGGUAUGUUGGUAUGUUUUGCCACAGAAAAAUUUGCUACGCUGCCAACAAAAGUUUUUGUGCAAAUCCAUCAGAUGGACUGUGGGCAAAAUUUACUCGUAAAUUACAAGUAGCUCAAUAAUAAGUAUCUUUCACCAUUUUUUGUAGAAAAUGAAGAAACUAAAUAAACAGAUGACAACAGCACAGGACUUGAUCAACAGGGGCGAGUAAGUAGUGAAAAAAUUGUUAUUUUACAAAGACACUUGGUCAUACCCUGCAUCAUGGACACACUUCCUAAAAGCAAAGGAUUGAUUAAGUAUGUCGAUUUUCAACCAGACCAAUUUAAAGCAAAUUUUGAGAAAAACUUAAAAGAAACUUGUUGGUAUCCCUGUUAAGGGAAAUUCUCCUUGGACAGGACUGGGUAACCUGUGGUAUUUCACCACCAAGAAGUAACGUUUCAAGUAAUGUAUUGCUUGCUUUAUUGCAGAUACGAAGAAGCAUUAUCUAAACUAAAGCAGGCGCUCAAAACAGAGUCUAGAAUCCCUUCUCUGGCGGGAACACUUAGGCGACAGAUGUGUCACUGCCAUCUGAAGGUGAAUGUCAAACUCCUCGGAGAUUAUUCUUUAAAUUUAUUCUCAAGACCUUUACUUGACUUGGGUGGAUAUUUUGAGGGGAAAUUAAAUGCUGUUCACUCUUGCCCUUUAGGUCACAAGAGUGACCAACAUCAAUUUUCUCCUAACAACAUCAGCAGAUCAUCAAAAAUAAAGGUUAUGAGAAUUACUAAAUUGAUUACCAAAGGGAGAAUGCUUUGAUCUUAAACCAAAUUCUCUCAACUAUUCUCAAAAGAAAUGUAUGGAGACUUCUGGAGAAUUUGUGUGUGGAUCUUUGGCCUUAAAGAGUUACUUAGGGUUAAAUAAUCGUGAGUUUUGAGCUAAGACAGGGAGGGUGGCCUUGCAAUAUGUUCAAGUUGCAUGUGGUCAGAGGUUUAAUGAAAUUUUCUCUGCUUUUUUUAAUGUUUAGCUUCAAAAUCCGAACGAUGCAAUCAGACAGUGUAACGAAGCCUUGAAACUUGAUGAAAACGAUGUUGAUGCACUUUGCGACAGAGCCGAGGCUAAUAUACUUAAUGAACAGUACGAUGAAGGUGAGUUCCUUUAAUUUCAUUACCAAUUAAGAUGCACCAAACUUCUAUUUUUACACUACAUUGUAGGUUAGAAACUGCACGCUCUCUUAUCCUCUUACCUGAAAAGAUUAUUUUUUCUUGUUACAUUUGUCAAGUCUGCCUAUGCGUACAUUUGGGUGUUUUCGUUUGGCCACCUUUCAAUACUCUGCAUUCUCUAAUCGCCAUCAUGUCAGCUAGUAUGACAGUGAAAAAAACGAAAGAGCACUUGCAUACUUGCAUAUGUAAGACUAACGAGAUUUUGAUUUUAAUAUCUUUUGUUAAACUUGGACAAACGUUUUCUUUCUUCACAGCUGUAAAUGAUUACCAAAAAGCGAAGAACAUUAAUGAGCACUUACACAAGGUAGGCCGGUGAAAAAAUUUCUGGAUUUUCCCUUAAAAUUUUAGACAGAUGAAGAAAAGUCUGUAUGUGCGGAUUUAAACUUUUCAACCCCUUGUUUGUUUGUUCUUCCCAGGUUCAGGAAGGACUUGAAAGAGCACUGAGACUACAAAAGCAAUCUAAGAAACGGGAUUAUUAUAAAAUAUUAGGCUUGAAAAGGUAACGUUUUUUUUGUGCCAAACGCUACAUUGUAUUUAGCUCCCGUUUCUCCCGAGUAUCGAAAAUAAUUUCGUGAUUUCCUUGUUCGGUGUUUAAUUUGCCUUAGACUGCGGUAGAGCUGGCCGCUGUUGGAAUUGCGCUAGUCUGCAGAGCGGGAGGUCGCUGGUUUGGUCCUCGGGGCCGGACCAACACUCAUUGAGUACUGCCUUUGCCUAGUAAACGGCUACAUCCUCGCGCGGCUCGGUGUAGAAGUCGUGGUCCCGUCUCCAGAAGGAGACCUAAAAUAAGUGCCCCCAAUUAGUACUUUCUUGGCUUUGUCAUUGGCUGAAAAUCUCACGCCUCUCCCCCAAUCAGAAACAAUCACGACUCACCUGCUCCCGUGCUUUUUCCCGCGCUUUGCGUCAGCUAAUCCCUUAUCUGAUUGGUUCUUAUUUUUCUACUUGAAUGCCGAUUGGCCAAAUUGAUCACUUUUUGACUGUUUUUAAAAAGACACUGUUAUUGGCCAUUUCCAAGUUCCAAAAACCCUUAGCUUUCAAAUGAGACUAAAGGCAAAAAUGAGUCUCAUUUGCCUGAGAAUUAAAAAUCACUGUCAUAUCAAAAGCUUCGCGCUUGCCCUCGUUUUAAAGCAAAGGCUUAGGCAACGUUGAAAUCUCAUCACUUUUACACUGUAUCUCACUAGUCGUUUGCUUAUCUUGAUUUUUAGGACAGCAACAAAGAGAGAAAUAAUGAAAUCUUACCGCAAGUUAGCUGUGCAAUGGCACCCUGACCAUUACGAAGGCGAUGAUAAGAAAAAAGCCGAGAAAAUGUUCAUUGAUAUCGCUGCCGCAAAAGAAGUCUUGUCUGACCCAGGUAAGAGAAACUCAGUGCUCUGUGUUCUGACGGCUUUUCAUUCGAACAGUUAAUCGCAAACUGACCUUAGUCAAGAACAUUUACACUUAUUGUAUCGUCAGUAGGUGACAAACAAAAACAACGCCACAGUAUAGUACUGUUCAUUUGAAUUGUCACACUUAACACAAAGCAUAAUUUAACAAGUUAACAAGGAGAUAAUGGCAAAAGAAAAUGGAACUCACCUUUUUACGUUUGGUUGGUUAUUUAGUGGGUUUUCUUUCUUCCAACUCAGAAACAGAGCCAUGACGUCGUCCUUGAAAACUUUGAAAUUAGACAAACAACAACUGUACAUGCGUAACAUUCAAAUUAGCAAUCAAACUUCGCAUGAUUGCACGUGCACGAAAGACUCGUCAAGAACACACUUUGCACGUGCGGUAAGAUUCAGAUUCGCAAAACAAUAGGUGGUUUUCAUGCAAUCUCGGGAGACGCAAAUAACAAUGGUGAAAUGAACAAAUGCUGGUGGACAAACAAAGCGAGCUAAUGAGCGAUCUUUUCUUUACCGUCCACCAGCAUGGCGGCGAUGACGUAACGUGAAAAGCACCUAUAGAUUUAACCCAAAGGUUCUUGCUAUUAAAGAGGAAAGUUGAAAGUUGAGAAAGGCUUCGACGUUUGGAGAUGACCUCAACAAGCGUCAAGGAACAAAUGAGACUUAGCCGGUUCGCAGACCGUCUAUUUUCUCUUAAGAGAUCUUCGAGCGUGGCUAGACAGGCUAGGAGACUGGAUAGACCUACAUUUUUAGACAUGGCUUCUCAGAAACAAACGUGCCCGUAUUUACUACAAGCGACUCCAGUGAAUAAAAUUUAUCUCUUUUCUUUUCAACAGAAAAACGUGCGAAAUACGACAGUGGUGAAGAUCCACUCGACCCAGAAGCCCAGCAGGGUGGUGGUAACCCUUGGCAACACGGGGGAUUUCCAUUCGGCGAAGGAUUCCAGUUCAAAUUUCACUUUAACUAAAUUGUCAUCCUCCAGUUCCUUAGAUUUCAAUUUAUUUGAAUUGAUGUUCCUGUGAUGACAAAAGAGACGGAAAGAAUUCUUCCGCAUGCAACUACAGCGAUUAGAAACAAUUAUAACAAUUUUAUAGAACUAUAAUAGUUACGAUGGUUAUGAAUAGUCAUUAAAUUAUCGUAAUUAUUAAAGUAACCUCACAAAACCAUUUACUAACUUAAGUCACUUUACCACCAGCAAGCUUUGCCUUGUUCUCUUGAAUAGUUUCUAUGUACGUUCAGAACAUGGAAACUAGUAAAAAAAAAACUUCAUUUAUUUUGCGUUUUCAGUGACAAGCAAAGCUUGCUAGUUGAAAUGUGGCUUAACCGGUACAUCUUUGUGUUUCGUAAACUUUUACGAGCUGAGAAAUAAAGUUUGUGGAUAAAUCUUUUCUUACAAUCCUACUUGAGUUAACGUUUUGACGUUGAAAUUGUACAGAGGUUUUGCUAUUCUUGUAAAUUCUAAGGGUGUAAGUUAACUAAGCUUCUUUGCUUUUGGUCUCGAGUUUACGAUGUUCCCAAGCAACAGUUGCUAUGUGAAAUA